CCCACUUCUGGUUAGGGGAGAGAGGAGGGCAAGACAGGAAGGCAGGAAGAUCUCACUGAUAACAAGCAGGUCCGGAGAUAGAGGGAUCGGCAGACAGGAAAUUGAGGUGGCUCAGACUCGGAAGUCAUCGGACCUAAGUCUCGCAGCGAAAGAAUCUGGAGCCUGCCCCUCCCCUCUCCAGGCCAUGAUGAUUCUUCGAUUAAUCAUGUUUGCUCUGGUGACAGGGCAUGUAAGGGCAGAGACCAGGAUCAUCAAGGGGUAUGAGUGCUCUCCUCAUUCCCAGCCCUGGCAGGUGGCUCUGUUCCAGAAGACACGGCUGCUCUGUGGGGCAACCCUCAUCGCUCCCAAAUGGCUCCUGACAGCAGCUCACUGCCGCAAGCCCCGAUAUGUAGUUCAUCUGGGGGAGCACAACCUCCAGCGGCGGGAUGGCUGCGAGCAGACCCUAUCGGCCACCGAGUCCUUCCCCCACCCAGACUUCAACAACAGCCUCCCCAACAAAGACCACCGCAAUGACAUCAUGCUGGUGAAGAUGACCAGAGCAGCCUUCAUCACCUGGGCUGUGCGACCACUCACUCUGUCAUCACACUGUGUCACCCCUGGCACCCGCUGCCUCGUUUCGGGCUGGGGCUCCACAUCCAGCCCCCAGUUGCAACUGCCCCACACCUUGCGAUGUGCCAACAUCACCAUCAUUAACCACGAGGAGUGUGAGAAGGCCUACCCUGGCAACAUCACAAACACCAUGGUCUGUGCCAGUGUUCUGGAAUCGGGCAAGGACUCCUGCCAGGGUGACUCUGGGGGCCCUCUGGUCUGUGACGGGUCUCUUCAAGGCAUUAUCUCCUGGGGCCAGGAUCCAUGUGCUGUCACCAGAAAGCCUGGUGUCUAUACUAAGGUCUGCAAAUACGUAGACUGGAUCCGGAAGACUAUGGAAAAUAAUUAGCCAGGACCAGCCCAACACCCCCCUAAUCCCUACUUGGCAACAUGGCUCUUGUUCAUUCUAAUAGUCAAGCCUGAGCGAGGUCGCCUUUAUGUAUUUUCUUUUCAGCCUCCUUGACCAUGAGAGACGGUGCAGCUUAAUAAUCAACCUAGGGUUUGGAAUUAGUGAGGCUUGGGGGUCAAAUCCUUCCUUGUACUGACUUGUGAUUCUGGGAGAGAUAAUAGUUGUUUGGUUCCCUUUUGUAUCCCCAGCCCCAAAGACAGCUCCUGGCACUCACCCCAAGGUUUCAAUAAAUACUUACUGAACGAAUGAAUCUUUGGAA